CGUGCCCUGGUAUCUGGUCGCUGAUUGGUGGAGGUCAGCUCACUGAGAAGCCAGACCGUGGCCAAUCAGACCACAGAGGGCGGGGCGAGCUGCGACAGCGAAGACAUCUCCUGCUAUUCCACAGUCACGGAGGAUUCAUGAGGGAUAACGAUAACGUCAGUGUUUCCUCAGCUAAAGAAACGUGGUUUUAUCAGCAUCGAGAGCUCCACGUCUGAAAAUGGACUCCAUCUCACUGAUGGGCAGCAGUCCAGCCAGCAAGGCCUCCUUCCUUCCUAACGGUGUGAAGAACGGGCCCAGAGAAGGCUCCAGCAAGCCCUCAGUGGCCAUCAUCGGCUCUGGGGAUUUCUCCAAGUGCUUGGCCAUCCGUCUGCUGCGUAGUGGCUUCCAUGUGGUGGUGGGCAGUCGACAGCCCAAGCGGGCAGCUGAGUUUUUUCCUCAUGUGGUAGAUGUGACCCAUCACGAGGAUGCAGUGGGUAAAGCCUCCAUCAUUUUCCUGGCUAUCCGCAGAGAGCACUACUCUUCACUCUGGGACAUCAAACACCUGUUAGCUGGCAAAAUCUUGGUGGAUGUCAGCAACAACAGGAGAUCGAACCAGUAUCCAGAAUCCAACGCAGAGUAUCUCGCUUCCCUUUUCCCAGAGUCCAAUGUGGUGAAAGGGUUUAAUGUCAUCUCGGCAUGGGCUAUGCAGUCAGGCCCUAAAGAUGCUAGUCGACAGGUGUAUAUCUGCAGUAACUCAGUGGAAGCGAGGCAGCAGGUCAUCGAGUUGGCCCGGCAGCUCAGUUUCAUUCCUGUGGACAUGGGCACACUCUCCUUGGCAAAGGAAAUAGAGAACAUGCCGUUACGGCUGUUUUCAGACUGGAAAGGUCCCGUUCUGACCGCUGUCGCCCUUUCCAUCUUCUUCUUUGCCUACUCUUUCAUUCGGGACAUCAUUCAUCCGUAUGUGAAGAAUAGGCAAAGCUUUUUUUAUAAGAUCCCGCUGGAGAUGGUGAACAGGACACUGCCUGUGGUGGCUAUAACCCUGCUGGCACUGGUAUAUUUAGCAGGUCAGCUCGCUGCUGCACACCAGCUCUUCUAUGGCACCAAGUUCAGGCGCUUUCCCCGCUGGCUGCAGGGAUGGUUACAGAGCCGCAAACAGCUGGGCCUGCUCAGCUUUUUCUUCGCCUGCAUCCAUGUUCUCUACAGCCUCUGCCUGCCCAUGAGGAGGUCUGAGAGAUAUCUGUUGCUCAAUAUGGCCUACCAGCAGGUCCAUGCCAACAUAGAAAACUCAUGGAACGAGGAGGAGGUGUGGAGAGUGGAGAUGUAUGUGUCUUUCGGUAUUAUGAGUCUGGGCCUUCUCUCUAUCUUGGCCGUCACGUCCAUUCCAUCAGUAAACAGCACCCUCAACUGGCGAGAGUUCAGCUUUAUCCAGUCCACACUUGGCUAUAUUGCCCUGCUUAUUGCCACAUUCCACGCACUGCUGUUUGGCUGGAAGCGGGCGUUUGAAGAGGAGUCGUAUCGUUUCUACAUGCCGCCCACCUUCGUAGUAGCCGUGGCUCUGCCUGUUACAGUGAUUGUGGGUAAAGCUGUGCUAAUGAUGCCUUGCGUGGCCUGGAGGCUGAAGAGAAUCCGCAGAGGCUGUGAUGACAGUCAGCAUCAUGCUGAUCGUGAGAGACCUGCGGCCCAUGUUUCCCCAGAGAGAGUCACCAUCAUGUAGCUGUAUCUGUACUACUCGAAUAGCUCAGCAAUAGCUCAGCCUCAUUACUACUGUGCAGUGCCCAGACAUGUCGUGUCCCUGAUAUGACCAAUAGAAGCGACUAUUUGUAGAGACACAAAGAGAAAAGGAUCCUGAUGUUUUGUCCUAAAGUUUUUUUUUUUUUUUUUUUAUGUGGCGUUUAGGUAUUAGAUGAUCUGUCUUGAACUUUCCUGUGGGCAUCUCAGUUCACACUGUGUUUUUGAGAAUCACAUGAUUAGUGCAUGAAAUGAAUUGGGAGUCACACUGGCUAGGCAUGUGACUGGGUUUCUGACUUCAUAUCAUUGAGCCUAUGGCUAAAAUGAAUAGCUCAGUUUAGGCCAUGUGCUUUGGCCAUAUGCUGUGGUAACAUUCUGAAUAUGAUGAUAAUCAAUGAUGAUCUGUUACCAUCCUGAAGUCUUUUAUUCCUCUUAUAUCACAGCAAUUUGCCAAAGAUUAAGUUUUUUUUUUUUUAAUUAAAGAAUGGGACAGCAUAUUUGUAUCCGUUUAACAUCCACAAAACAAGUAAAUUCCUGUUAUCACUUACAUUUUAGCAGCUACAGUAUAAACAGUCUUUCCCUCACUUACAGAGAGCUUCAGCAUAUCAAAGAUUAUACAUUUUACUUUGUUAAAUAACCACAAUCUAUGUAUUAUUGAACUUACAUGACAUGGAGUGCCUACCAUACAAGUCCUUGUGAAUUAGUCAUUACUAUAGAAACAAUAAAGCAUUAGAACAAGCGCAAUAAUUUAUAAAACAGCUAUUUGCCUUACUAUGAAGCUGUUAUAGAAUUAAUCAACACUUUCUGACCGAUCAGAAAAUUCAAUAGCACUGUAGUAUAUAGCACAUUACUUGUUGUUUUUCACAAUACAAAUAAUCAUAUGCUAGUCAGUUUCACGUUUAUACAUGUUAUGGUAGGUCCUUUUUGGCUGAGUUGCUGGGUGGGUAGACUGCUGUAAUUGUCUGCUCUCACAGUGAAACUUUGCAACUGUAGUUACAAAGCAAUAGCACCAAACAAGCAUUAUCAAACUGCAGAACAGAUUUCUACAGUUUUAUGUGUGUUACUAAAGCUACAUGUGCUGUUGUUUGUGGAAAUGUUUAAAAGGGUAAAAUAUCAGUGCUUAAUGCUGUUGUCUAUACAUGUGAUAAACAAUCAAAAUCUAAAAUGUCUCACUCCUGUCACUAACUUUAUAUUGAUCAUUUUAGCAGCAGCACUGAAGUGCACUAAUCAACUGAUUAACCAGGAUUCGUUAUAAUUCAUCUCAAGGAUACUAGAUGAUAGCCCUUGCUUCAUAGCUCCUAUGUAGGCUACUACCAAUGUAUGUUAAUUGUAUUUAUCUAACCAUGCCAAAUCACAGAAAAAAAUAAAAACAUGCAUUUUUUUAAAAAAAUGUAAUUCAGUAUGUUAUGUGGAUUCUUUUACAGUGAGCAAUAGUAAAGGCUGAUGGCGUCACUUUGGUUAUCUGAGUGUUGUUACUGAACAUAUGCAGCAGAUGGUGCACUUGCUUCAAAUUAAACAUGACCACAAAUUCUUGUGCACUGAACAUCCAGGGUCAGGAGCUCUUCCACAAGUAAACUGGACUUAUAAGAAAUUGACCUGUGACAGUCGGUUUAUGAGUAGUUAAUUAACCGCCAUAUAGCAAAUUUCUGUAAAAUAGAAUCUGUUGCACUGCUUGAGUC